AUGACGCUCAAUUACCCGGAACUCUUCGUGCCUUCCCUACUAUCCUUCGUCUUGGUUCUCUACGUGGUACCAUGGCAUCUGCGUAUCAGAAACAUCGCGACCUUGUCGAUGUCCUUCUGGAUGCUCGCGCUCAAUCUGGUUCACAUCAUCAAUCCUCUUUUGUGGAAUUCGACCAAUGAACGGAAGGCGACCGUAUACGGGGACAUCUGCUGCGCCAUCAUCGUCGGCUACAACUUUGGCCUGCCGCUAUCCCAUCUCUUGCUAGCGCGUCAACUCGAAGCGCUCACCUCGCUCCGCACCCGUUCGGUCCUGUACGACGUCUCGCUGAAACGCCGGAACAAGAUUGUUGACCUCGGGUUGUGUGGCGUUGUGCCCAUCCUGGGGAUACUCGUACACCUGACGCAGAUGGAUAGGAGGUACUGGAUCGCUGAAGGAUUCGGCGCUAUGCCGAGCACCUAUUGGGACGCAUGGGGUGUGACUUGGAUGGCCAUCGUCCCGAUUGUCAUCGCGGUCGGCGCUCUGAUCUACACAGUGAUGGCUCUGGUCAACGUCUACUUGAGGCGAGCCAGGACGUUAUCGAUGGUCUCGGCGGACAGCCAGACUUCCAAGGACCAGUUCAUCCGGCUAUAUGUGCUUAGUAUCGCCGAGCUCGGCACCUGCCUACUGCGAGCCUUCUUUAACAUGAAUUCGUACCACUCGGGACCUCAACCGUUCAACAAGGAUGUCCACGAAGACAAGCACAUCGACAUGAAGACGAUCGGGCACAUUCCCAACGAGCUCGUUACGGGCAAGGUUCAGCGGACACUAUACCUACAAUGGUACACCGUCGUCGCCUGCAGUGUCGUAUUCUUUUUCUGUUUUGCCACCGGCGCUGAGACGACGAGGUUUUACAAGCGCAUGUUGAGCAAAGUUUUGCCCUUUGUCGCGAAUCCCGACCGUGCGGAUAUGAGUCAUUUGUCGAGCAAGGGGACCGGUACAUUCGGGUCAGCGAAACCGUCGCAAUUCUCGUCACAAGGUACCGUCUCGUCUAGCAAGGAACAAAAGGUCGAUUACGACGGUACCUAUCAGCUGGACUACAUCAACUCACCCAGGACCCCUACUGCCGCCCAUUACAAGGAUUCCCCGCUCAGCCCUACCUACCACGACGGCGCGGAGAUCCGAGGCCGGGUCGAUAGCGAAUCUGUCCCCUUCAACCAGCUUGGCCCGAUCCAGAGUCGAACCGAGACGACCGGUGCUGAUUCGGUCACUGAAUCCAAGUUUGAUGAUAUCGAAGCUCAGAAGUACUGGGAUGAUAUCCUUAGUGCAAGGGCGAGGACGGUACGAAUUGAUAGCACCGGUGUCGAUGAAGAGGGUACGGCGGUAGAGAAGCGCAAGAAGGACAGUUACUACAGCUCGCCGCUUGGUCAGAAUGCUGCCUGA